AUGUCGGCGACUUCCUCUCCCUCACCGUUGCAGGGCCCCAUUGGCCGCAUCGACGAAGAGAAUCUGCCUCAAGGCCAGUGCCGCUAUAUUCUGCUGGUCCCCGGCAUCAAGGGCCAACGAUGCGCAUGUGUGCACUUUUCUCUCAACCGCUCAACGCCCGGGGCAAGCUGUGAUUGUGGACACAUGGCCUGCUAUCAUGUCAAAAGCCCGGAACCGUCAUCCACUCAGCAAGAAGUUGAGCUGCUGAAGCAACGUCUUCAAGUCCUCGAAGAACAGCUGGACCAACAGAGACAAGGCGGCCUCGGAACCGUCGUCGCCAGGGUGAGCGAACUGGAGGAGCUUGUCGACAAGAGUCGGGAAGAGAUAGGCCAGGAAAUCAAAGGGUCCUAUCGCAAUAUCAACAGGGUCUGGCAGUCCGUUGAGCAGCUGGACCGGCGAACCUCCUAUUUGCAGAAAAGCCUGCACUCUCAGUCGGAUCUUCUGGAUAGUGUCAAUGGCGAGUUGAAGAACGUCAGCAAUCGGCAGAUGGAGCUUUUUGAUGCCGAUGAGAGCAUAGAGGAGAGGCUAGAGCAGUUGGAGUCUGACCAUGACUUAUUGGCCAAUCGAGGCAGUCAGCACCUAGACGCCGAAGCUGAGACAGCUUCAGUGCGUACCGAUGUUCAAAAGCUUUUUUGCUCACGACAGCCUCCUACUGCGCCCCCUAUUCAGACCGAAGCUCAAAGCCGUUGGGGGCCCUUUCCAUUCGAGAGGGAUACCAACGCCUACAAGCGCUGUCUCUCUCGUGGCCUUCAUCGGACGGUAGUGGUCGGUGGUUCCGACGGUACUUCCUUCGUCGAGGCCGUCACCAGGUCCUUCAAUGGUCUCAUCGAGGGGAGAUCAUGGAUGCCUCUACAGGCGAAGCUUUGCGACGCAGAAAAGCUUCAAGGGCUUCCCAUGCUACGGCCACUCGACCCUAAGCUCCUCGACAGCGACUACAAUCUCGACUUCUUACGAAAGCACUGCGGGGUCUGCGAGCCCAGUGGUAAGAUCGAGUCGCUGUACAUUGCCAUGCGCCACGACAAGCUUUCAUGGCACUUUCUACGAAACUCUCCGAGGUUUAUGGACGGUCUGGAGAACUGCUGGGUCUAUGAUCCUUUUCUAGACCCAAGUGACCCCACCGAAGAUGACCGUAUGGAUGAACACGAUCGUCCCUCAGCUGGUGACAUCGUUCCGAGUCUUCCGAGUCUCAAACGCGCUGCAUCCGAAAUGUCGCGAACAACCGGGUUGGCACCCUCGAUGACAGCCACUGAACCAGAUUGUCCGCGGAACAAGAAGUCGAGGACGACUUGCCUGCCUACAUUAGUUGAGUCGCGUAGACGGCUGGAGACUGUGUAA